CAGAUUCUUAGUUCGUACACUCACUCGUCCAUCGAUCUUCGUUGAGCAACAAUGAACGAGUCUAAAAAGCUCGGCGUUCAGGUCGAAAACGUGAAUCAGGAGGAGCUCUUCAAUGUCAUCUCCGCCGCCACUUCCCAGGAGCCCUGGCGCGUACAGGCAUCAAGUACGCGUCUCAAGGAAAUGAUGGACAUGUUUGGGACCUAUGAUGGCCUGCAUGAAAUCGCGUCACAGAAAUCUGUUGCCCCUCAGAUUCGGCAACAGGCUAUCAUUCAGUUCAAGAACGCCGCGCUAGCACAUUGGAAAUCUCGCAAAGUUCUUAAUGAUGAACACCGGACGCGUGUUCGCACACGGUGCAUGGCUUUCCUUUCAGAAGAGGACGAUACAAUCGCUCAGGUCAAUGAAAUUAUCAUGGCCAGGCUUGCUCGCCAGGACUUUCCUACUGCCUGGCCCAAUCUCAUAACUGAGUUGACACAAAUCAUUAAUACCAAUAUGCAGCUUCAUAUUUCAGGCAAUCCAGAUUCCGCCGCAUAUCUCGUUCUUCGUCGUAGCUUGAAGGCUCUCAACUCCAUCAUCAAAGAGUUUGCUAGCAUCAAGUUGCCAGGAGGUAUACAGACCAUGGCCCAGAUCACCGGUCAACUUCAUGGCGGCAUGUUUCUCUACUACUCUCAACUGUCAGCAUCCCUGUCAGCCCUCACCCCCAACGACCUCGGUCAACAGCGUACGCCUCAAAACCUUCUAAUUGCCCAUCUAGUCUAUAAAUGUCUUGUCAAGAUGGGUGUAUGGGUGUAUGGGCAGUUUGGCAAGACCGGAAAGGCCAGAGCCAAUAUUGAUGAUAUGCAAGGCUGGCUUGCUCAACUAUUCCAAGCGUCGUCAAGUCAAGCCAAAACAUUGCUUGAUCUGCGCACGCAACUGGUCGUCGUGGUCAGGUCGCCUACACUGGAGCCAAUUGUUGCAAAAUCCCUAGACCAGCUCACUAGACAUGUCCGAGUAUUUGGAAAGCUGUUUCGCAGGAUGCAGCAGCUCGACACGACACGUUUCGUUUUACUACCGGGCUGCAGUGAACUAGUCCUCUUCUAUUGGGAGAAGGUCGUGCAGGCAACGAACAGUCCGCCGGAUUACGUAGAAGACUCUAAUACCGCUGUGUAUCCUGUCCGGCUGUUGGUACAAGCCAUGGUGUUGUUUAAAGAUAAUCUCGCACAAUGGACCCCGGUUCGCAAAAACGGCACACCCAACGAAUUAACUCUUCCGCAAGAGUUCGUCGAGGAAGCUGUUCGUCUACUUGUCACGCGUUUCAUGCCUCUGAACCCAGCUGAUCUUGAAGGCUGGAUGGCUGACCCGGAGGAAUGGGUCAACAUGGAAGACAGAGAGAACGAGCAGUGGGAAUAUGAGCUUCGCCCAUGCGGUGAACGAGUUCUGGUGACUCUCUCGUCUCAAUACAAGCAAUACGUCACACCACUACUUGAAACGACCUUCAAGCAGAUAGUUGGUCAGCCCACUGAAGACCUUGCAAGCGUCGUCCAGAAGGAGGCCAUCUAUUGCGCUAUAGGUCGAUGUGCAACACGUCUAAAAGACGUGAUACCGUUCACAGAGUGGCUCAAACAUAACCUCGUCGCUGAAGCUCAAAGCACGAACGCCAACUUUCCGAUCAUCAAACGUCGCAUUGCUUGGCUUAUAGGAAAAUGGAUUGGAGACUCAUGCUCUCCUCCGAGCGAUCCAAACAUUUGGAAAGUUCUUAUUCACCUCUUGCACGAUCGUGGGCCAGGGACGGACGCCGUCGUGCGCCUGACAGCCGCCCACGCACUUCGCGAGUGCGUAGAUACAGUGGAAUUCGACAUCAGCGUCUUUGCUCCAUAUUUACCCACGGCGGCAACUGAGUUGUUGAAAUUGGUCAACGAAGCGGAUGCCAUCGAGAGUAAACGUCGAUUGGUUGAUACUCUGAACGUCGUAAUACAACGUGGUGAUCAAUGGAUUAACCCGCACGCUCAGCUCAUAGCGGAUGCCAUACCGUCCCUUUGGACUGACGCGGACGAGGAGUGGUUAUUGAAAGCUUCGCUGCUGGUGACGGUGACGAGUCUGGUUGAGGCGACCAAAGACCAUUCACCCUCCCUCCAUGGUCUUAUUAUACCGCUCAUACGCGAGAGCCUGUCUCCGAAGGUUGCCGUGCAUCUUGACGAAGAUGGUCUCAACUUGUGGACGAUGACCAUUAGAAACGCAUCAACGCUGACUAGUGCCCCGGGUCAACCCUCGCUGUUGGAAUUAUUCCCGCUCGCUCUGUCGCUCAUGUCUGAACAUCUUGAUUUACUUGGAAGCAUUACAUCUAUCAUUGAAUCUUACAUCAUAUUGGACGCGACAACCAUCUUACAGAACUUUGCCGUCCAGCUUUUUCAGGCAGCCCUGACGCCUCUUGCCGGCCAGGCGAUAUCUGCCAACAUCAGAGACAUCCUGGUGGUCUUCCAGUUUGUCGCUCAGUGCGCUCCUGCAUCUUUGUGGGGAGAGGCCCUGCAUAUCUCCGGCGUAUUCCCCCACAUCGUCCGCAUACUCGAGGAUGAAAAGAGUUCCACACUGAUUUACACAGAAUGCGUGUACCUCCUUGCGCGCAUUGCACUCGCUGAUCGCCAAAUGCUCCUGCAACUCGUUGCUGCGGUAGCUCAGUCCAAGAAUGUCCCGGAAGCUACUGUCUUUGAGAUCGUCUUAGACCAGUGGUGGAGACAGUUUGAUCACAUGUCAGAACCUAGACACCGUAAACUUGUGGCUAUUGGAAUGGCCUCAUUGGUUUCAACGGGUCGCCCUGAGGUUUUGGACCGUCUGCCAAACGAGAUUUUCAACAUGUGGACGGACGUGUUAUAUGAGAUCAAGGAGUCGCAGAAUUUGUCGGAGGAUUCGAGCGACGGGAACGUACCAUUGAUUAGACAUUGGGAUCUCGAUGAAGUCCCACACAGCUUCUACAACGGCUCGGAAAAUACGCUAGAAUACACCCGUCGACAGGAGCUCCUGAAUCGUGAUCCUGUUAAGACUAUGCAGCUCGUCACUAUUAUUGGCUCAGCGUUACAACAAGCGGAGCAAGUGUGCGGCUCGGUGGCUUUUAAGGCCCAAUACUUGGAUAAGACGGAAAAGGCGCUCAUUAACCAGAUACAAGACGAGUUGCAGAAAAAAUCCAAGUAGCUAGGGUGCCAAACAGAAAAAUCGUCAAGAUCCUCAAUCGUUAGGAAAAUGACAUUGUGUUCACCCUUUUCUUUUGGUUAAUUCAUUCGUAUAAUACGAUGCUC